UAUGACAGAGUAGGGAAUUAGCCAAUCAGAGUGGCGGUGGGCGGAGCCUGUGUCCGGAAUUAGCCAAUCAGUGAACACGGAAGCAGAAAAUCUCACUCUAAGAACGGCUUCAUUGUAGGGACGCUGCAGCAAUCUGUGUAGUUUAAUGUAGGCUGUCGUCAGUACCAAGCCAGAGACCUACUUUUCUUUUUCUUUUCUUUUCUUUCUUUUUAGUAGAGAUGCUGUUAAAUAUUACCGGCAGGUAUGUAGACACAUGUCCGCAAGCCGUCAAUAAGUCUUGGAGCUAACACGCGCUUGCACUUAACAGCGGAAAAACUUCUGGCCGGGAUUUUCGCACAGUGCGUUUUAAUUUCACGCUAAAAAAAAAACUGCCAACAUGGAGAUCCACGAAGGGGCAGCGGCGGUCGGCGAAGGCGUGCUCGACUUUUCCCACUUGAGUUUGAACACUUUGAACGUUGACAAUGUCAGCAACGAGAGGAAGAGGGACACCAGGCAGCUCUACCUGAACUACAACCGACUCCACUCGCUGCCCUCGUCGCUCGGCGUUUUCUGCAACCUCGAGUUUUUGGACAUCAGCAACAACGGACUGUCGGCCAUCUGCGAGGGCGUUACGAGGCUGACCAAGCUGAAAACUCUCCUCGCCAAGAACAACCGGCUGGACGAGUUCUCGCUGCCCAAGGACUUUGGUUCCCUGCCCCUGGAGGUGUUGAACUUCAGCGGGAACCGAUUUGAGGAGAUUCCGCUCCAGUGCACGAAACUGCUGCGUCUACAGUCGCUUUCACUGGGUGGGAACAGACUGAAAAGUAUCCCAGCGGAGAUAGAAAACCUCACCUGCUUGGAGUUGUUGUACCUGGGUGGGAACCUCAUCGAAGCCAUUCCUCCUGAAAUAGCGAACCUACCCUACCUCAGCUACCUGGUCCUAUGUGACAACCGCAUCCAAAGUGUGCCACCACAGCUCACCAGGCUCCACUCGCUACGAUCUUUAAGUCUCCACAACAACUUGCUCACUUACCUCCCCAGAGAGAUCCUCAGCCUGGUUCACCUGCAGGAGCUCAGCCUUCGAGGCAACCCGCUGGUGGUGCGCUUUGUCAAGGAGAUGACGUACGACCCCCCGUCGCUGCUGGAGCUGGCGGGUCGUACCGUUAAGAGCAGAAACAUUCCUUAUUACCCCUCUGACCUUCCCGCCAACCUGCUACGAUAUCUGGAUCUGGCCAGCAAGUGUCCCAACCCCAAGUGUGCCGGCGUGUACUUUGAUUCGUGCGUGCGCCAGAUCAAAUUCGUGGACUUCUGUGGAAAGUAUCGACUGCCUCUGAUGCACUACCUGUGCUCCCCCGAGUGCACCUCCCCCUGCAGCUCCAACCCCCAGAGCGACGCCGAGUCCGAGGACGAGAACAGCGUGCCGGCCGACCGCCUCCAGAGGGUGCUUCUGGGAUAGCACGACUCAGAGGAGCCACCGAUCCUCUGCCCAUUGUUCAAAAGAGAAGACGUUCCUCCGGAAAAUGAGUGACAGACUGCUUUGGUCUUUAAAAUAUGUUAAAUCCGUUUAGUGGAUUGUUCUACGCGAGAAAGGUUCACAUUUCAUGUCACCUUUUGACUCAUAACCCUGCUCAUCUCACCUUCAAGCACAGGAGGGCAGUAAAACCCCAGUUUGGACCGCAAAGACUGACAGACAGAGCGACACCGACCCUUUAUAUUCAGGGCUGCACACCCAGUCUGUAUAAAGACGCUUUCUGCUUUUAAUAGCUACAGCAUGUGAUUCUGCAUUUUCAGUUUGGAUGUGAACGGUUUUGCUUUUCUCCAGCUGCUGGAAACACACAGUCAUCCAAAUGGCUCUGACAAAAUAUGCAUCAAAGCUGUUAUGCUAAGAAAAAAAAAGAAGUCUGGUGGAUUGUUUAAAGUAUGAGAGCAGGAACUGUGAAAGUAGUUUUUAAACUGACGCGUGAAAUUGCCUUUUUUUUUUAUUUACACUCAAUAGUGUAACUGAUGUGUCCCACACAUUACAAAAGUAAGGUGGCAAUCUUUUAUCAGUGUUUUUGUCAUCGCACACCACCCUUGAAAGAAAUGUUGCCGUGACGGCAAAAGAACUGAGAAUAAGGGCCGUGUAUGUGGAAGAACGCUUGUCCAGGCGUAGUCACUCACAGGAAGUGGAUGUGGGUUGGACCAGGGGAAACCGUUCACUUGGUUAGCUCUGAAACAAUAGCUAUUCAGCGCGGCGCAGCAGCGGCCGUCGUGUUUAUGUUCAGAGCUGUCAGGUUUGUCUGGGCACAAACAUCCAGAUGCUACGUGAACAAUUUUUUUUUUUUGAGACCAGAUCCUUAACAACGGGAGGAUGAUGCUUGCGUUUCAGGUUACAUCUCAGCUUUCUCCUCGUGUGGAAAACUGGGCGAUCCUUUAGCAUCACAGACAAUUUGAGUCCAUUAGCGAGGAGGAGAAAUCCCCCCCUCGGCUUCACAUUAGACCCUAAUGUUUAGAAAACAGAGGAACGUUGCUUUAUGUUACACUAGCAUUUACACUAUUGCUAAGUGCCUUACUAACGGUGACUUUUAACAGAGUAAUACAAGUAUGUUUGAAUAAAGAGUUAUGAAUGCACCCUGAAAUGUGACAAAUUUUAAAAUUCAAUUUAGCAUCUAUUUUAACAGAUUUUUAUUCUCACGAAACAGACAAAUGUAACAUUUUCUAACAGAAAUGAACUUGCUUUUAUACUUUUUUCAAACACAUUUAUAAAAAACAAAAAAACAAACCUGCAGAAUAGAUGGCACUUAAGCAGAGAACAUAUUAAGAUAUUUUAAAUUUAUGUACUUACAUCCCAUUCACAUAGUGUGGGUAGACUGUACAGCAUAUAAUAACAAUAAUAAAGACUGAUUGUUAUAUCUUUAAA